CCUCGAAGGCGAUUGGGUGAACCCGUGUCACGUGACCGGGCUCGACAGGAGUUUCCACGACAGCUGAAUAGCAGCUAAAUGCGGUUUUUUUCACCUGUAACAUCGAUCAUUUUUCAACUCAUUGAGUCGAAGUUUCGUUAAAUGGGUGACAAGAAGAGCCCGACAAGGCCAAAGCGGCAAUCGAAGCCCCCCGCCGACGAUGGCUUCUGGGACUGUAGCGUCUGCACGUUCAGGAACACCGCCGAGGCGUUCAAGUGCAUGAUGUGUGAUGUCAGGAAGGGUACGUCCACUCGAAAACCCCGGCCUGUUUCUCAGCUGGUUUCACAGCAAGCCAAUCAGCAGUUUGCACCACCGACGCUUCCUAAAAAGGAGAAGAAAGAAAAAUCUGAGAAAGACAAAAGUGACAAAGAACCAACACUGAAGAAGAAAGGCCAUAAAAAGAUGAGGCCCCGGUUAAAAAACAUCGACCGGAGCAGCGCGCAGCAUCUGGAGGUCACCGUUGGAGACCUGACCGUAAUAAUCACAGACUUUAAGGAGAAAGCCAAACCCGCGUCCACGUCGACGAGCGCCGCCUCGGCGGACCAACACAGUCAGAGCGGCUCGAGCUCCGAUAACACUGAGCGGGGGGUCUCCAGGUGCACGACGCCCCACGCAGAGGGAUCGCCGGUGACCGGAGAGACCCACUAGCCUUUAAAACUCACCGGUCAGCACAACCCGCCCUCCCCCCCCUGCACUCCGGAGAUUCAACCUCAACUUGCAUUGACGAAAAAAAAGUACAAAUUCAAACGUGACCGCGUUGACCUCUUUUUUUGGGGACGAUAUGUUUCACUGCCCUUUUUUCCCCCGGUGACAAAAGAGGUCAGGAGUCGCGACGGCUGCUGCGUGCUCAGCGACAAGAAACGUCACGGUGAACUGAAAGAAUGAACGGUAGCAUUAAAUGUUGGAUUUUGGCCACGUUUUGUGGUCACUCGUGUUUUAACACUUCAGUGUUGCGUCAGCGUCACACUGGGUCGGUCGUUGCUGCACAGAAUACUUGAUGCAUUGUGAAAGAAAAUGAAAAAAAGUCAUCUCGGAAGUGUUGUUCAUCCUUGAGUUUUGUUAACAUUAUUUGCACUUAAUGUUCAAUAUUUUUAAGCAUUAUGUCCUUUUCCCAUUAUCAGUAAAUCAUAACACUGCCGGUCGUUGGCUUUAUUCAGCUCUCAGUUUAUGGCAUUGAAUGCAAUAAUUUUCUUUUUUUUACUGUCUAACAUUUGAGAAAAGAUACUAAAUAAUUAUUCUAAGUAUGCUUCUUUCACUUGGUAGAGUUAAGCAUGAUUUAAUCUAGAGAAUGGUUUAUAUUGUAAAAUGUUAAAUAAAAUAACUUGAAGAUA